GCCGCACCAACAACAACGGCGGCACCGACAACAACGGCCACACCAACAACAACAGCCGCACCGACAACAACGGCCACACCAACAACAACAGCCGCUCCGACAACAACGGUGGCACCGACAACAACGGCGGCCCCAACAACAACAGCCGCACCAACAACAACGGCGGCACUGACAACAACGGCGGCACCGACAACAACGGCCGCACCGACAACAAUAGCGGCGACGCCGACAACAACAGCUUCCCCGAUAACAACGGCCGCACCGACAACAACAGCUGCCCCGACAACAACGGCGGCACCGACAACAACAGCUCCCCCGAUAACAACGGCCGCACUGACAACAACGACUGCACCGACAACAACAGCUGCCCCGACAACAACGGCGGCACCGACAACAACAGCCGCCCCAACAACAACAGCCGCACCGAUAACAACAUCGGCACCGACAACAACGGCCGCACCAACAACGGCGUCACCAACAACAACAGCCGCACCGAUAACAACGGCCACACCAACAACAACAGCUGCACCAACAACAACAGCCGCACCAACAACAACAGCCGCACCGAUAACAACAACGGCCGCACCAACAACAACAGCCGCACCAACAACAACAGCCGCCCCUACAACAACGGCCGCACCAACAACAACAGCCGCCCCAACAACAACAGCCGCACCGACAACAACGGCCACACCAACAACAACGGCCGCCCCAACAACAACAGCCGCACCGACAACAACGGCCACACCAACAACAACGGCCGCACCGACAACAACAGCCGCCCCAACAACAGCUGCCCUGACAACAACAGCUCCCCCGAUAACAACGGCCGCACCAACAACAACAGCCGCACCGAUAACAACAACGGCCGCACCAACAACAACAGCCGCACCAACAACAACAGCCGCACCGAUAACAACAUCGCCGCCCCAACAACAGCUGCCCUGA